AAAGAAUUUUUAGUAUUAAAGAAAAUGCUUAGAGACCUCUUUAAUAAGGGGUUUAUCCGCGCUAGUAACUCCCUAAUUAUAAUACCUAUCCUCUUUAUUCGGAAGCUAAGUAGUAAUUUACAAUUCUAUUACAAUUACCGGGCUCUAAAUAUUAUUACGAGAGCCAACUAUUACCCUCUGCCUUUAAUAAAAGAAACCUUCCGUAUUAUAAUUAAAGUAAAAUAA